AUGGCUGGGCAGAAGAAGCAGAAAGCUCCAGAACCGUCUGGUGGGUCGGCUUGCGUCAUCGUACAGCUGCUUCAGCAGCAGCUGCAGCAGCACCUCGCUGCAGCAAACGCCACAGGCGCUGCGCAGCUCACUGCAGUUUGGAAGAAGCAACAAGCUGACGUCCAAAGCCGCAUGCACACUGAACGACAGCGCUCAUGUUGGCACACGCCAUCCUUGGCAGACUCUUGGCUACAGACUGCGCAGCAGCAGCAGCAACAACAGCAGCAAACCUCAGUCGGGGAUGCUCGAGUUCAGCAGCAGCGAGAAGCGGAGCUUUUCCAAGUGGUCUUGCAGGCGCUCGAAGAGGAGGCGGAGUCGCUAGAGAAACAAGCUGCAACUACGGAGCAACAGUUGGAUAUGCAGCAGCCGAGAUCACAAGGCGCUGAAGCGACUGCAAAAACGCUUCAGUAUUUGCGGAAGGGGAAGCUGCUGCAUCGCGAUAGGCUUUGCAUUGCUGCCGAUGCAGACACAGAGAUAUACACUUCUAGCAGCGAUGAAGAAGGCAGUGCGAGCAGCGGCGGCAGGGGAGGGCUUUUCUUGCAGCAGCAGCAGCAGUGGCUUCGCAGCAGAAGUUUGCAUGCGCUGCAACAAAAGCAGCUGCUGCUUUCGAGCGACAGCGGCCUAAGCGCGGCAGCGACAGCAGCAGCAGCUGCUGCUGCCUCUACUGCUGCAUGCGAGCAGCUGCACAGGAUGCUGCAGCAUCGCAAGGAAGUCGUCGAGCCGCGUAGGGAGUUACGGCUCUGGCGAGAAGCCGCGCAGUGUCUGUCCACGCCAGGCUGUAGCUUUGUUGAGCGGCUGCUGCAGCUGCGCAGCAGCAGCAGCAGCAGCCGCUUCAAGUCUGCUCCCUGCUUGCUGCUGUCGAGGGAAGAGGAGAGGGAGCUGCGGCAGCUCUUGCAAAAGCAUCCCCUGAAGCCUCCACUAGCCCUUCCGUCGUGUUUCUUGUCUCACGAGUCUUCUUCUAUCCUGAGCUGCAGAAGCUGCUUCUUGUGGCUCCUGCUGCAGCAACAGCUGCUGCAGCAACUGGAGAGGGGAGCAUGUGCCGUACAGAGCAGAGGCUCGGAGACGCAUCUCGUGAGGUUUCUUGUGCUGCAGCAGCAGCUUCUCCGACUGCUGCAGGGAGGCACCAAGGAAACUGAUGACGCAUCCUUGACUGCUGGAGCAGCACUGGAGGCGCAAGCAGCUAGUGCUGCGGCAGCAGCCUCGAGCGCGUCAGAAUUCGCUAUUCAAAACAUUGCGGAAGGACAGAGAAUUCUCAUGGGUAUGCGGAAAGCAGUUUCUGCUUGCUCUCCAUCGCGGAUGUGGGGAAGGGGUCGCAUACCUCUUUGA